AUGGGGCUGUACGACAACAACGACACAAGCUCGCAGAUCAGCGUUUUUAUGUACGCCAUCGAGAAAACCGACAACGGCGCAUCACGAGUCUAUUUCGUGGUGCCCGAAGGGGACGCUGGACAAGUUUUCGUCGUUGAUCACAAGAACCACGUGGUGGCAUCACAAAAUCUGACCUCUGGCAAUUUCCUCGACAUUCGACCUCGUUUCUUCGACAGUGGCGAGUAUAUGCUCUACUAUGGCAAGGACUGUUAUGAUACUUCAUGCCCCAAGAAAAUCCCGUUCACAGUACGGCCAAACACGGUGUCGAUCUUAUGGGUACUGCCGCAGUACUUCGUCAUCACACUUGGAGAAGUUCUGCUCUCGGUUACUGGUCUGGAAUUUGCCUACUCUCAAUCAGCACCCAACAUGAAGAGUGUUCUACAGGCGCUUUGGCUUCUCACGGUGUUCAUGGGCAAUGUGAUCGACAUGGGCAUCAGUGGCACGCACAUCAUUCCUGAACCUGCUACCGAAUUCUUUUUCUACGCCUUUCUUAUGAUACUCACAAUGGGGAUCUUUAUUUUGUUAGCAAUCCGGUACACUUACGUGGAGAACGCGGAAGAAGCUCAGCCGAUGCAAGGUCAAAGAGCGUGUCGCUUCCGAGGACACCACCUGCUAGCCGUUCAAUACACCUUAUCACCUCAUUCUUGCAGCUUUUCCCCUCAGUCAUCACUUGUUUCGCACGCGACCACUACUACCUGUGGAGGAGCCCAACGUGCGAGUCGUUUGUGA